AAAAAAAAAAAAAAAAAAAAAAAUAACCACAGCCAAGUGGACUUUUCAUGGAUCAAGGCGUCAGGGUAUCAUUGUCACCACCAGGCAGGCCUUGACAUCUGACUGGACUAAGCCCCCCUCGUCCGCUUACCUACUUUAUUAUUGACCCUUGCCUCGCUCUUUUCUCAUCCUAGGCAGACCCUCAUGUACCUUGUCCUUUCUUUUUGAUUUUCGCUUUAUUUAUACACGGAACGCAAUAUACAAGACACAAAGCUGUCUGCAUCACCUAAACUAUGCAGACUGUGUCAGCAUAAACUGGGACCACCCGAUCACUUACCGCCGCUACCUCCCACCAUCUCUCGAGACCGUCGCCCACACAUUUCUCCCCUGACCGGAACACCCGGACCAACACCAAACUUUUUCCUCAGGACGUAGACGAGUCAACUGUCUGGUUCUUGUGCAAGUCAUCCAUGGUCAACAUGAGCACGGAGCUAGGGGCGUCUGGGGCGCCAUUGGAAGCGGAAGCUGCCCCCGUCACCGUCAAUGGCGGCACAGCUCCCACUCCCACUCCCACGCAGCCUCAAACUUCUACGCUUCCCACGUCGACUGCAUGCCCGCUAUCCCCAUCGGGUCCAUCUACCUCAGCUUCAGCGGUACCCCUCAAGCUCGAUCUUCCCGAUCCCCAGGUCUCAAGCUCAACCCAUUCUCAGCCCCACGAGCCCUCCACCACUGCCGCGCAAAAUUCCGACGACAAUGAAGACGACCUCAUUUACGACGACCAAGACGGUGCUCAGUCCUUCAUUCAGCCGGCCAUCAGCGCAAGAGCAGCUCGUCUGACCUCGCCAAACACUCCGGCUGCUGAGAAGGCUGCUGCCAUGGACUAUCUUCCUAGUCUUUUCGAUUUCAUGGAUGACGAAGGCAGGGCUCAGUCUUCAGGAAAGACAUCUGGUAAUCCCAGCCCACCUAUGAGCCCGAGGAAACCACAGAGACGUGGCCAUUUUCGUCAGUCAUCCAGCUCGCGCCUUCCGGACCUUCCAACACCAUGGCGGGCUGAGCCCAAGCAGAUGAUUGUUGGUCAGCCUCAUGGCGCCAAAACCUCCUCCAUGUUCGGCGUGUUUGGGAAUGAGACAAGAUCAUCUCGUGCCGCUUCAGCCGGAGAGAAUGCCCUUAAAAAAUUGUCCAAGGCUCUUCCAUCCAUAUCGCUACCUACGCCCUCGUUCUUUUCCUCCAGCUCUUCUUCUCACAAAGAAUCCACUUCCACUUGGCCGUCAGUGCCACAUCUUCCGAAAUCGUCCACGAUAGCUGGCAUACGGUCGAACCGAGCCCAAACGGGGCCUCCCCUUAGCACACCAGGAGGAGCCACGGCUCAAGGUCCCGUCCGGUCAUCAUCUCUAAGAGCCUCAAGGACCCCGACCCUUCGUCACUCUACCUCGGAUGAUUCCCUCUUGUAUCAAUCUUUGACUCGGGUUUCCUCGUUGGGAGAUGAUGAGCGCUUCGCCAAUGUUCGUGAGCAGGUCAAUACCAGGAUAAAAGCUAUAAUUGACAGCUUCGAGCCGUCAUUCAAACUCCCUCAACUACCAAAGAGUACGUCAUUUACGCGACUGAUGGCCAUAAGCCGCGGGAAACUGACGGAGGCAGGUAUCACAUCGCCAUUGAAGAAAGUGGUUCCUUCGGCAAGUGACUUUCAUGGUACAGAUGGAACACGCUCGGCGCCAGGGUCAAGUAGCCACCGGCCGUCACGGGAGACCGUUCAUCCUCUUGAUGCGAUUCUGGAGACUCUAACAGGAGACAUUGUGGUCAUGGGAGGAUAUCGAGGCUCCAUUCUUCGGUCCGCUGAGCCCCCAUAUCGACAGUUAUGGGUGCCAGUCAAGGUAGGCUUGAACAUCCGCAAAGUGAACAUGGAGGUUGGCCUGGAGCCCGAGGAUGAGGAGAACAUGGAGAGAUACAUAUUUGCCUCGGGCAUGCUCCAGAAUAUUGGACCCAUUGAUAUUUCAAGAAAAUUAUUUAGGAAGCUCCGGGAGUGUGAGAACUCUGUAAAUGGCAAACUCAGAGUCCAUGACUAUGGCUACGACUGGCGAUUAAGCCCCCAUCGCCUCUCGAAAAAACUGAACGAAUUCAUUGAAAAGCUUCCAUCCAACCAGCCUCACACGCCACCCGAACAAAGAGGCGUCUGGGUUAUUGCGCACAGUCUCGGCGGUCUUAUCACCCGGCACGCCGUCAACCAGCGCCCAGAACUUUAUUCAGGGAUCGUAUACGCCGGAGUUCCCAACCGCUGCAUCAACAUAUUGGGUCCCUUACGCAAUGGAGAUGCAGUUCUCUUUAAUGAGACUGUCUUGAAAGCGCAGUCUAAUUUCUCAUUCCGAAGCAGUUUCAUCUUCUUACCUGAAGAUGGUUUCUGCUUUGUUUCCAAGGACAACAAGGAAGAGUAUCCGGUAGAUUUCUACAAUGUAGACGAUUGGAUCAAAUACCGCCUCUCUCCUUGUGUCGGUGGACCUGCCCUCCCGCCUCUGAACCCGUCCAAGAGCACCGGCGCCCUCGGCAGUCUUCUGAGUCUAUCCGACUCCUUCCCCAACCUCUCUAGCCUCCCUUUCCGUGGUCGCAGCAACAGCGGGAAGAACCGAACUAGCGAGGACGACGACAAUAACAACAACAACAGCAGCAGCAGCAGCAACAACAAACAUAUCACCGCAAGCUUCUCACCCUCCAACACCGUCUUCAAAGACCGCACCCUCGCCCCGCAAAUGGGUUCUUCCUCAACCGCCACCGAUACCCCUGAAAACAACCAACAACAACCAGCUGCACCACCAAUCAACGGCACCCCCUCCUCCCACUCCCAAGCCAUCCGCUACCUCGACCGUACUCUGCGCGAAACCAAACAAUUCCGCUCCGAACUGGCCCACAACCCUUCGCACCAGCAUCGCAACACCUACCCUCCGCUCGCCGUGAUCUACGCCAAGGACAUACCUACCGUGUACGCCGCCCGGGUGACCUGUCGGGACGCCAUCGCCUGCACGGAUGCGUACGACGACCUGAUGUUUGCCAGCGGUGAUGGGGUAGUGCUGGCGCGCGAAAGCAUGUUACCCGAGGGGUAUGAGCUGGUCAAAGAUGGACGGGUGUGUACGGAUCGGGGGCACGUCAGUAUGUUGGGCGAUUUGGCGGCGGUGGGGAGAGCGUUGGAGGCCGUGGUGAGGGGGAGGAGGAAGGGGAUUGGAAGAGGUGGGGUGGAAGGGGAGGCGGCGGUAGAGGCAGCAGAGAAGGCAGAAGCGGUAGAGGCUUUGGGUGAAGGCGAGGGAGAGGGGAAUAGUAAUGGGAAUGGAGUUGAGUUGCAAAGGACGGAGCAAGGGACGGCGGUAGCGGAGAGGGAUUAGAAGUUUCAGUCGCAGUUUCAAUUGUUGAAGAGGAGAUGGGGGCCCUCGAAGAGGAAAGAAACCCAGACGGUUCGGGUUGGAAGUGCCAAGAGUAGGGAGAGAAAGAAAUAUGGAAAGGAGAAGGAAGAGUUGGGUUUGUUGAGUUGAGAUACCCCGGAAUAGAGAACGAAGAGUGAAGCGAAGGACUUGCACGGGAGCGGUAUGACUGAAUGUUUCAGGCAUAUGUGUGGUGUUGGUUGGGUUGGCUGUUGCGAGCACGAAACGGUCAGGCGUCGUGACGGAUCGGUCAUUUUUCAUUACGUUAGUUAUACCAUUUCAUUUAGACCGGUAUGGACGAUAUGAUGAGCAUAGAGGUAAAAGUAGAAAAGAUAGAACAAGAGUUACAUUCUUCCGGU